AUGCGGCAGCGUUCUCAUGAAUCACCAAACCAGUUCCUGUUGUCACGUCUGCUGUAUCAUCAUUUCCUGCAAGUAUCAACAACAGAUGAAGUUAACACAACAAAUUUUUCCAUCAAAACGGAUAAUGCCACAAUUCGUCAUAACGUGGAUGAUCAUGAAAAUUGGAAGAGGGUGCGGGAAACUGCCCUGCCUAUCACAAACCUUUUCUCAGCAAAAGAUUGGUACAAUUCAAUGAAAACAGUGGAAGCAAUUAAAGAUGCAAACAAGCGUGGGGCACUUCAUUUUGCUGCUUUGGAAGGACAAACUGAGAUUUGUAAAUACCUGUUGGAGGAUUUGAAGCUCGAGAUUGAUUCGAGAGAUGAUGAUGGAGAAACUGAUCUCAUUCAUGCUGCACGACAAGGACACACUGCCACGACUAAGUAUCUUAUUGACCACGGUGCUGAUCCUACUAUUGCUAGCAAUUUAGGAGCUACGGCAUUGCAUCAUUCUGCUGGAAUAGGAGAUAUUGAGUUGCUUGAGCACUUGCCGUCCAAAGGAAUUAAUCCUGACUUAGAGAGUGAUGCGGGAACACCCUUGGUUUGGGCUGCGGGUCAUGCUCAACAAGCUGCAGUUACUGUUCUAUUAAAACAUGGUGCAAAUCCUAAUGCUGAAACUGAUGAUGGCAUUACCCCACUCCUUUCAUCUGUGGCAGCUGGUUCGUUAGAAUGCUUGGAGCUGUUAAUACAGGUCGGUGCUAAAGUAAAUGCAUCUAGAACUUCUGGAAAGCUGCAUUGA